AUGGAGGGGAGGGCGCGGCGGCGGGGCACCGGCGCCGGCGCCGGCGCAAGCACGAGCCCCGGCCGAAACAAGGUCUGGGUCGAGCCGCCGGGCAAGAGCCACAGCCACCACCACCCUCCGCGCCGCUCGCCUCCGCCGCCGGCCCCGCCGGCCGCGGCGAAGAGGGUGGCGGUCGUCUACUACCUCUCCCGCAGCCGCCACCUGGAGCACCCGCACUUCAUCGAGGUGCCGCUCGCCAACCCGGAGGCCGGCCUCUACCUGCGAGAUGUGAUUGACCGGCUCAACGUGCUGCGGGGGAAGGGCAUGGCGGCCAUGUACUCCUGGUCCUGCAAGAGGAGCUACAAGAACGGCUUCGUGUGGCACGACAUCUCCGAGGACGACCUGGUGCUCCCCGCGCAGGGCAACGAGUACAUCCUCAAGGGCUCCGAGCUCCUGGACCGAUCGCCGCCUGAUCGGCAGCAGAAUGGCGUUAGCAGCACCAAGGCUGAGAGCCCCAAGCACCCGCAAGAAGAGUCUCCUCAGUCGCGAGGAUCGCAGGAAGGGUGCUCGUCGUCGUCAUCUCCGUCUGCCGUCACCAAAGCGGCCUCACCUCCAGCUCCUGCUCAGCAACCGCAGCAGCUGGCGAAGUCUGCAGUUGUCGCGCCAUCAUCAUCUGCUUCCACCAGUCGCGAGGAUGAGCAUUGCCGGACUACGCAUUCCGGCUCAUCGGGGAACCUGUCCCCCGAACCGGCAGGAACAAAUGCUCCGUUAUCAGAGUCAAGCUCCCCUGGACCUUCAGAGUACAGAGUUUGCAAACCCAUCGGAGCACAGGAUGCGUCCACACAGACCGAUGACAGCGAGAGGGAUGUUCCUCGUAGGCGUGCUCGCACGGCACGGAUCUGUAUAGAGGAUGGCUCAUCAGAUGCUGAGAUUCAAGAGUGUCGUGAAACGGCUAUUCAAGCAUCGCCAAAGGGCCCUGGAAUUGUUCAAGAAUCACCACAGGUGUGCUCGUCUGAUGAUUCUCCCGGUGACAGAGUCGAGACAUUGGAGUCCCUGAUAAGGGCGGAAGCCAGCAGGAGGAGUACCUAUAAUAAGGUGCUAGAGGAAGAACAUCUCUAUUGCCCAAUGGGUGUGAAGCUGAAGCCGGCCAAUUUGCUCAUGCAGAUCAUCACUUGUGGGUCUAUUUCUGUAAAAGAUCACCGUGGCUUUGGACUCAUCCCAUCAUACAGGCCAAGGUUCACGCAAGUUGAAUUCCCUUCUCCAAUGUUCUCUACUCCUAUGGCAAUACGGCACCUUGACAAUGUUCCUUGUAGCACAAGAACAAUUGGGGUAAGGGUUCCCGAGUCAGAGUAUCUUGCUGGAAGCUUGGUCGAGGCUAAUAAGCAGCAAGAGUCAGGGAAAGGAGAAAUAACCACACUCAAACGCUCAUCAUCUUAUGACGAGGAUAGAGUAUAUAGAGCACCAGAUCCUAGAAGGGAUUUGGAAAGCUUGGCUGAGUCGAGCAGUUUCAGAUGUCUCCCACAGACUGUCAAAGUUAUAUCAUGUAAGCAAUCCAGAAGUGGAACAACAUUCUCUCCAUACUCUGAUGUCAGGAACAGCUCUGGCCAACAAGAAUGCAGUACAAGAUCUUCGCCGCUUGGUUCAUCAUCGAGAAGUGCAAGCAAUAGGAUGACUGACCCACUAGGUAAAUUAUCUUCUUCAAGGGAAGAGUCGUUCUACGAGGAAAGGGAUAAAAUGAUUAGGAUUGAAGAAAGGCUUGCUUCUGGAGCUCGGGUUAUAAUCCAAUCUGCACCCUUAUGUGAAGAUAGCGAUGACAGCACCGAAUCGCUGUAAGGGGUUGUGUUACUUACAUUUUGCUGUGAGCUUAAAUUCUUUGGAAUUUGCUGCAUUUCUCAGAAGUUGUUGGAGCAGCUUGAAAGUGCGAUUUGAUUCAUUUUGUGACCAGUGUGAAUGUGAUAGUCAAUC